UAUCAGCUAUCGAUAACUGAACCACCCCCUCCAAGAAAGAACAACAAUCACAAGAACCCAUUCCCCUCAAAAUACACACGACCUAGUAGCAACAGCACCGAUCCAAUUCUCACGCAAAAUGUCCCCCCACGAAGGCCUCGUCCAUCCCAAAGAAUAUGACAUCAAGGAUAGCAACGUCGAGCUGAUUAACUCCGCUCUCGACCACCAAGUCAAAUACAACUCCGCCGCCACGGAGCCCGCUUGGCGCGACCCGGGCACCAUUGGCACCGCUCCGGGACUACACAUAUGGCGCAUCGAGCAGUUCGAAGUCAUCCCGUGGCCGAAGGAGCGAUACGGCGAAUUCUACAACGGCGACAGCUACAUCGUGCUACACAGUUCCAAAUCCCCUUCCCAACAACAACAACAGCAGAGCGACGAGGAGGAACCAAGCCUACAGCAUGAUAUCUUCUUCUGGCUGGGAAGCAAGACGACGCAAGACGAGGCCGGCACAGCAGCGUACAAGACCGUCGAGCUGGACGAGUACCUCCACGGCGCGGCGACGCAGCAUCGCGAGGUGCAGGCGCACCCGUCUGCCGAGUUCGUGAGCCUGUUCCCGCGGAUCUCGAUCCGGGCGGGCGGCGUGCGGUCGGGUUUCAGGCAUGUGGAGGAGGACGCUCCCAAGGAAGAAAUUACGACGCUCUUGCGCGUGUUCAAGCACCCCAGUUCCGGACGGUCCGGGUCUCUGAUUGUGCAUGAGGUGGAGCCGACGUGGCAGAGCUUGGAUGAUAAGGAUGUUUUCGUGCUGGAUCGCGGCGAUAAGAUCUGGGUGUGGCAGGGCCGGAGCUGCAGUCCCAUGGAGAAGGGCAAGGCCGCACAGGUGGUGCAUGAUCUGACGCAGGCGAAACACGUCGAUGUCGAGGUUCUGUCGCAGCUUGAGGCUAGGUCGAAGGUCAUUGUGGAUAUGCUCGGUGGGAAGGAGGUCGAGCAGCUCUCGUUUAGUGCCCCGCGGCCGUUGUCGUCGCGGAAGCGGGCUGCGGAGGAGGCUGGGGGCGAGGGCGAUGUUGCGCAGCGCAAGUUAUUCAGGCUCAGUGAUGCUUCUGGAGCGUUGUCCUUUGACCUUGUCAAGGAGGGAAGUCACAUUGGCAAGGCGGAUCUGGAUGCGAGGGAUAUCUUUUUGUUUGAUGCUGGGGAUCGGUUAUGGGUGUGGCAGGGCUUGGAGGCUAGUGCCGCUGAGAGGGCUCUGUGGUUGAAGGUGGCUCAAUCUUAUGUCCGAUGGCUCCAGGAGAGCCCCGAGGGCUCCGAGGCGCAUCUCAUCCCGAUUUCGAAGGUGGUGCAAGGGCACGAAAGCCCGGCGUUCAUGCGGGCAAUCGCCGCUGCGGCUUAGUACAUACAUAUAUAAUUAGACUUUGUAUAUUGCGAAAUGGAAUCAUCGAGCGUGUCCACUGCAUUGAUUCUUAC